CAGGCGUUGUUUUGUUGUUGAAUUCUAAGUUGCAGUUUGUUUGGACCUCUCACCUCCUCUCUCUCUCUGCAUUUUUGAUCUCUGAGUCUUUCUUCCCCUCCAUUUUCAUCCACCAAAUCCGACAUUUUGGUGACAUUAGAUCGCAUCUCUUCAUUUCUUCAACUACCCAUUUCCAUAAAUUCAGUUUUUGGUAAAGGAGACAAUGUCGGUGCCGCCAUGGCUGGAAUCAUUACUAAGCUCCGCCUUCUUCAGCGUCUGCCAGACACAUGGGGAUGCAGCAAGGGGAGAAUGCAAUAUGUACUGCUUAGACUGCCAGGGAGAUGCAUUUUGUUAUUAUUGUCGGUCAUCAAAACACAAAGAUCAUCAGGUAAUUCAGAUAAGGCGAUCUUCCUACCAUGAUGUAGUGAGGGUUUCGGAGAUUCAAAAGGUUUUGGACAUAAGUGGGGUUCAGACAUAUGUGAUAAACAGUGCCAGAGUUCUGUUUUUGAACGAGCGGCCACAGCCGAAGUCUGGGAAAGGAGUAGCUCAUCUCUGCGAAAUCUGCGGUAGAAGCCUUUUGGAUCCACUUCGUUUUUGUUCAUUGGGAUGUAAGCUUGUAGGAGUGAAGAGACAUGGGAAUGCAAGCUUCACCAUAGAUGGAAGAGGAGAAGAAUUGCGUGAGGGAACACAACAAGACAUUUACCCGUCCACGCCUUCCCCACCGCCUUCAAGUGCAAGGAGAAGAAAAGGCAUUCCUCAUAGGGCACCUUUUGGGUCCUAAAUUUCAAAAGUAUACAAUUUUAUAUAUAUAUAAAGAACUACUCUUAAAUUGGGGGUCUUUGUCCUAAGAAAGGAGAGUGUAGGGUACCCUUUUGGUUAGGGUCUCCAAUAAACAAAAGGGCAAGUAAGUUUCCCUUUGGGGUUUGGGACCCAUACGAGAGAAUUCCCUUCUUGUGAAGGAGUAAUAAUGGUGAAUUUGUUAUUGGUAUAUUAUUGCAAAGGUGUACAUUUAGUUGUACUGAUUAAAUUUAAGUAAAUUUA